UUCUCGCCGGCUCUGCUUCCUCGUUCCCUCGGAGAAGCGAAGCUCCGCCGCCUCCCCGUCGCCCAUCGCCAUUACCGCUCCAGACGAAGGUCACGCCAUGGACACGGAGGAGGACAAGGAGGAGAGCUCCAAGAAGAAGCUGAGGCAGGAUAGCCCUCCAGCGACGGCGGCCAGCCUAUUGACCGACGACCUCAUCUUGGAGGUCCUCUCUCACCUCCCAGCCAGGUCCGUUCGCCGUUUCAAGUGCGUCUCUACGGCCUGGCGCGACCUCAUUGCCGACCCCGCCCACCGCAAAAAGCUGCCUCAGACCCUUGCUGGCUUCCUGUACAAUAAAUACAAGCCGGGCGGCGCCCUAAGUGGACACUUUGCCAGCGUCUCAGGCGGCGCAUUGCCGGUCGACCCUUCCCUCCAUUUCCUGCAACCUAACAAGUUCAGGUAUAUCGCCCUUGAGGACACCUGCAAUGGCCUUCUUCUCUGCGCCUGCUACAACAAGGAGACUCCUGACUCAGAUAAGGAUGAAUACCGUCAUGUCGUGUGCAAUCCUGCCACGGAAAGGUGGAUCGAGUUGCCCCCUCCACCCCAGGCUCUGGCAAACAGAUUUUACAGUACCACACGUCUGGCUUUCGAUCCGGCAGUGUCGUCCCAUUUCCACGUUCUUCAAUUUUGGCAGACCAUUUCGGGUGUGGAAAAUUGUGCCAGAGGAGUAGACAUCUUCUCGUCGAAAACUGGAGCCUGGAUUCAUAGAGAUAGUGGCUUGCUUGAGAAAAUUACAUUGUUCCGUCGAACUAGGAGCGUCUUUUUUUGUGGCAUGCUGCACCUGGUUGGCAGGCUGAACACCAUAAACGUCGACAAAGAAUCUGCCCUGAUGGUGCUGGUCCAGGUGGACAUGGAGGGGAAGGCGUGGAAGACUAUCCAUCUACCCAUUGGCUCUAGUUUUGAAGCAAUUGGAUUAUCACAGGGGUGCUUGUACUAUGCUGGUAGUACAACCCAAACUCAUAUCAGUAAGAAGAAUAUUGUCCAAGCUACCAAGAUAACACUCUGGUGCCUUGAGAAUCAUGAUAGUAAAGAGUGGGUCUUGAAGCAUAGCGCCAGCAUUAAUGAGCCCUUGGGCAUAAUCUGGGUGGAGUUCAGGGUGUUCGCAAUUCAUCCAGAUUGCAGUACCCUUUUUUUGGUUCCCAUUGGAGGUGAUAUGUUGGCGUAUGAUAUGCAGCAUCAUAAAUUUGUUGAUAUCCUUAAUCUUGAGAAAGACAAUGUUCGAGUAUAUCUACCUUAUGUUCCUCUGUUCUCAGAGGCAUUAGCAGAUGCCGUCGGGCAGUAGUGUUACCUACGAAUAACCCCUAUAUAUACUUCCUGUGAAGGUUUAUCUGUCUGUAGGCUCUUCUGGAUCUACUUGAAUUAUGUUGUUCAAUUUGCUAGCACAGAAACAGCUCCUAGCUUUAUUAUCAGUUGGGAGCCAUGCCUGGUCACUCAACAGAUUAAGCAUAUCAUUAUUUUUAAAGGGCAUGGUUACUGCUGUUUGUGUUUGUCUAGCUGUUGUUCUAGACACAAUUAGUUAUGUGAGGCUAAAUUAUGCUGUAACUUGGCUCUCUUGGCCAUAAUAUCAAAUGGUUAUGAUUAAUUUAAAUCCUAAUGUUAGC